AUGGGAGUUAGUGGUGUAGUGUUGAGCGUGCUAGCGCUAGCUGGCCUAGGCUGUGCUACGAUUGGUGACAAUUCUCUCGAUCCCGGGGAGCGGGUGGUGCUUGUGGCACCAGUUUUAGCACCCCCAAAGGACUCAAAGACGCACGCUAAUGAUCGAGCGAGACAGUUUCCGAUUUUAGUGCUCCUCGCUCCUCAGAAUCCAUCAGCGAAUGUGCGUGAACCCUCUGCAAAGUCAUUGGGAAUCAACCCUCAACCAAUUUAUGUACAGAAACUAGAAGACCAAGAUAAUUAUAAACCAGUACACCAAAACAGACAGAAGAGGCAUCUUUUAAAGCAUGCCCUCUUCGGUCUAGGCGGUGGCGGGUUUUCACUUGGUGGAGGCUUUGGUUAUGGAGGUGGAUAUGGAGGCGGGUAUGAAGGUGGACAUCAUGACCGAUCUAAGACAAUCUACAUAGUGAAAGAGUAUGGACAUGGUUAUGGUGGUAAUUACGGUGGUAAUUACGGUGGCAACGGCGGCCAUUACGGUAGCUACGGAAACGGAGGAUACGGCUCCGGGAAUGGCGGUGGUUACGGCGGAGGAUAUGGCGGCGGCUUCGGGGGUGGCUAUGGAGGAGGCGGCGGCGGUGGUGGCGGCGGUGGCGGCGGCGGUGGUGGUGGAGGAGGUUAUGGAGGUGGUUAUGGCGGUAACAACGGUGGCUAUGGAGGCCAUGGCGGCUACGGCUCGCCUGGACAAUCUGGCAGUGGCUGCGGCGGCGGUUGUGGCGGCAACUAUGGGCACAAUGGCGGCGGUGCUACGGCAUCAGCGACGGCCACCGCAACGGCGCAUGCUUACUCGGAUGGGUACGGCAAACGCAAGCGCUAA